ACUCGAUUCGCGCGAUGUUCGCAGUUUCGAUUGGAUGCUCAAGCGCGAUAAAAGUAUACCUACAUAGGCAGUACAAAUCUUUUGGAUGGGUCUCUUAUCAGUUUUGUCAAGCAUUGACAGCAUCUUCUCAUCAUCAUAUAGGGGUACCUCGAGCGUUCUUCAAGUGCGGCGGUGCAACGGUUCAUAAAACUUAUAUUUUGUGCAUCCUGUCAACCGAAAGGAGCUGCUCGUCCAUUGAAGGAAUAGGCUCUCUUAUCAAUGGCUUAGUCGCAUCGCUUAAUCCGUUGCACUAAGGUUGGUUUUGGAAAAGGGUACGCCACCAGGGAUGUUAGCUGUGCGCAGAAAAAUCGGCGAAACAAAUAUUACUUUGCGUCGAAAGUCAUUAACCAUCAGUCAAUCGGAGCUCGUUGGAGCAUAAAGGUGGCUUAAGUAGUUGCUCUACAACUGCGCCAAAGGACUUGCAACUGAACGCAAGUUGAUUAUCGUCGUCGUCGUCGUCGUUGUCUUCGGUUGUUGGCCGCGCUCUGUUGUUCGCAAAGUACAAUAACGAUCAACCAACUCAGGAGGGCGAAAAAAUAAGACAUCCUCAGCGAGCUUGGUUCCAAAGCAAAGUGUAGCGUGCAAAAAAAAAGUGGGAGGAGAAAUUAUGUGAUUGAAAUAUUUAACGAAGCUAUUGUGUGCGGUAAUUUUGGAAUAGCGCGUGCAUCGCCAGAGGUUUUAGUGACCGUUUUCGGGGGAAGGAAGUGACUACUGGAGCACCAUUUUUGGAGAUCUGUAGAACGGUCAACGUUCUUCUGUGGCAAACGGAGGAUUUACCGAUGAAUUUGAUUUGGCUUCUCGUUAGUGGAUAGGAAGCUCUGAGCAACGUUUUUCGAGACGAUCACGAUGGGGAUUUCGCAAGCCCUUUUACUGACGCUCCUGGCGGCCGCCCUUGGAUCACCGUCAUCCAAUGCCCACCCCCAGGUGGUGGUGAAAAACGAUGUUCUCAGCGAGGAGGAAAUGCGCACCGUCCUCGAGAAGUACGAUGCGGAAGUAAAGCCGGUCUGCAACCGGCAAGUCACUGCCAGUUGGAACGUCGCUAUCGACACCGAAAACAAGGAGUACCAAGCACAACAGAAUGAAGCAACGUUGGCGUAUGCCAAGUUCCGGACCCAAUACUACGAGGAGUACUUCAAGGAUGCCCUGGUAGAGAAUUAUCAGGAUCCAAAAAUUCGGAAGCAGUUGGCGCUGUUGAAGGAUUUGGACACGGCCGCUUUACCGCCGCUAGUUUUGGAAGAAUACAACGAGGUGAUUCGAAACAUGAAUGAAGCUUACCAACUGGCCGAGGUGUGUCCGUUCGAGGAUCCAUACUGUGAAAAGUCGGACCAGAAAUGGACGUUGGACCCAGAGAUGGAAGAAGUUUUGGCCAGUUCGACCAAUUACGAAGAGCUUACCUACGUUUGGCGACGCUGGCGAGAAGAGUCCGGUAAAAAGAUGAGGGCAGAUUACGGACAUUACGUAGCGCUGGUUAAUGAUGCGGCCAACCUCAACGGAUACAAUGACUAUGGCGAACAGUGGCGUUCGAAUUACGAUGACCCAGAUUUGCGCGGAACUUUGGAGCGUCUGUGGAAGGAGGUGGAACCGUUGUACAACGAGCUGCACACCUACGUGAGGUACAAGUUGUUGGAUAUCUAUGGUGAUCACAUGGAUCACGAUAACAAACUCAUCCCGGCCCAUAUCCUUGGCAAUAUGUGGGCACAGUCUUGGGUGAAUCUGUACGAUCGCAUUAAACCCUUCAAGAAUGCCAGCCUGGUGGAUGUGACGGCAAAGAUGAAAGAGCUGGGCUACGAUGCGAAGAAGAUGUUUGAAAUGUCGGAUGAGUUCUAUCAGAGUCUCGGAUUGCCGAGCAGCGCCAUGAGCUAUGGGCCUAAAGCGGUCAUCGAGAAGCUUCCGCAGAAAAUGACCUGUCAUGCGUCGGCCUGGGACUUUUGUGACGCCAAAGAUUUCCGAAUCAAAAUGUGCACCAAUGUCAAUAUGAAUGAUUUCGUGACUGUGCACCAUGAAAUGGGACACAUCAUGUACUACAUUUUGUACAAGGAUCAACCGGAACUGUUCCGAUCUGGUGCAACACCGGCAUUCCACGAGGCCGUUGGGGACACCAUUGCUCUAUCGGUGGCAACACCAAGGCAUUUGGAGAAAAUUGGAUUGCUCGAAAACUACGAGGACAGUGAAGCCGACAACAUCAACGCCUUAUUUUCGAUGGCCCUGGAACGAGUAGCGUUCCUUCCAUUUGGUUACCUGAUCGACCUGUGGCGUUGGGAUGUGUUCAGUGGUCAAGUUCCGGAGUCCGAUUGGAACCGACAUUGGUGGAACUUGCGGGAAAAGUACCAAAAAGUCUACGCCCCGGUUCCUCGAUCCGAGGAAGAUUUUGAUCCUGGAUCUAAGUACCACGUUGCAGCUAGCUCACAGUACAUCGCCUAUUUCUUGGCCCAUAUUUUGGAGUUCCAGUUCUAUCGAUCGCUCUGUAUCGAAGCUGGACAGUACGAUCCCAACAACUCGACGGCUAAUCCUCUUCACAAAUGUGAUUUUUAUGGAAGCAAAGCAGCAGGUAACAAGAUCAAAGAAGGGUUAGCUCUCGGAUACAGUGAGGACUGGCCAGUAGCCCUCGAAAAGCUGACGGGAACUCGCGAAAUCAGCGCCAAACCUUUACUGGAGUACUUCGCACCUCUUAAUGAUUUCCUCAAGGAAGAAAACAGAAAGCUGAAGAACGCCGAAAUGGACUUGAUCAUCGAAUCCUACAACGAUGAGUACUCGAUGGCCUGCAAUCGACAGGUGCAGGCCCAGUACGCCACCCAGGUCGAUGUCGGAAAUGCAACUCUGCUGGAGGAUCUGGCCAUCGUCAUGAACCAGAACACCCUGUUUGUGCGGGAAAACUACGAGAAAUACUUCGCCGAUGUGGACCCCUCGGAGUACGAUAAUCCGGAAACUCGACGGCAGCUAGAGUUCCUAAACUCGAUCUCGAUCAAUCAACUGUCGGCCGAGGAUUUUAAUGCGUUGAACAGUGCCCUCGGCAAGAUGCAGACGAUCUACAGCAGCACGUUGAUUUGUCCGUUCGAGGAUCAAGCGUGCAGGGAAGGCCGUCGGCUAAGCCUGGACCCGGACCUAUAUGGUAUUAUGGCCAAGUCGGAACACUACGAUGAAUUGAAGUACGUGUGGCGCGAAUGGCGUGAUCAAACCGGACGGAAGAUGAAAAACGACUACGUUGAGUAUGUUGAGUUGAUGAACAAAGCUGCCGGAAUCGCUGGAUUUGAGGAUAUGGGGGAGUUGUGGAAGCAGGCCUUUGAGCAAGAGAAUUUCGUGGGAGAAAUGAAGAAACUGUGGGAUCAGUUGAAACCUUUCUAUGGAGAGUUGCAUAAAUAUGUGAGAAGGAAGCUUCAAGGUAUCUACGGUGAUAAGCUGGACCCGAGCGAUUCCAGGAUUCCCGCCCAUUUGCUGGGUAAUAUGUGGGCUCAAUCGUGGAUAAAUUUGUACGAUCGUGUGAAACCGUUUAAAGAUGCCCUUGAUCUCGAUGUGACUAACGCUUUGGUUGCUAAAGGAUACACGGCAAAAGAUCUGUUUGACAUUGCCAAUGAUUUCUAUGUCGGCUUGGGACUUCCUAAUAAUAGCAUGAGUUACGACGUCAGUCGCGGUGCGAUGAUCGAGAAACCGUCCGAUCGUAUUGUGACCUGUCACGCAUCGGCGUGGGACUUUUGUGAUCGGGAAGAUUUCAGAAUCAAGAUGUGCACCCGAAUGAACAUGGAAGACUUUGUGACGAUUCAUCACGAAAUGGGUCACAUCAACUAUUACAUCCUGUACAAGGAUCAACCGGUUACGUUGAGAGCCGGAGCUAAUCCGGGUUUCCACGAGGCUGUUGGAGACACUAUUGCUCUAUCGGUUGCUACUCCGAAGCAUUUCAAAAAGAUUGGACUGUUGGACGAUUACGUGGACAGUUACGAGAAUGACAUCAACGCCCUGUUCCAGAAGGCUUUGGAUCGUGUCGCUUUUCUGCCCUUUGGUUUGCUGAUCGACAUGUGGCGAUGGGAAGUUUUCUCUGGCAAAGUCGAGUUCCAGGAUUGGAACAAACGUUGGUGGGAGCUUCGCGAAGAGUACCAGAUGGUUUCGCCCCCGGUUGACCGUGAUGAGAAUGCGUUCGAUCCUGGCUCCAAGUAUCACAUUCCAUUUGACAGUCAAUACAUUUCGUACUUCAUUGCUCACAUCUUGGAUCUUCAGCUGCACAAAGCGCUUUGUCAGGCGGCUGGCGAGUACGAUCCCAAGGAUCCGUCCAAACCGCUGCACAAGUGUGACAUCGAUGGAUCGAAGGCUGCAGGCGAUCUGUUGAGAAAGGGACUCUCGACCGGACGUGCAGUUCAUUGGUCCGAGGCGCUUCGAGAGAUGACCGGUGAUACUCAAUUGAAGACCGAUGCCUUGCUAGAGUACUACGCUCCGCUGUACAAAUUCUUGAAGGAAGAAAACGACAAAGCCGAAAAGGGAAGUGCCACAUCGGCGGGAGUUUCGGCUAGCGUUAUUAUUGCCAUGGCUGCGGCAGAACUGUUGUUCGGAGUGCUGUGAGAUAAUUUUUUAUCUUCCUCCCGUUUUCUACAAAGAUUCAUUCUAAAUACAGUUUGAGUAAACUCAAAUUGUCAAAGAUCAAACCCACAACCCCGUCACAUAAAUAGUUAAGUCAGUAAAGUUAAAUCGAGAUUCAGUGCAGUGUUCAUUGUUGAUUUUUUGUUUUGUAAAUAAUGUAUUGAGCUCAAUUGAAGAAGUAGGUACAAUAAAGCGAUUGAUUGAGAUUGAUAAACAACGGUCAGCUGA